AUGGACCGGUCUUCGCCAGGAAGAGACCCCUAUGGGUAUGCGCCGGGGAGGCUCUCCCCAGCCCAGUACCAGCAGCCACUGGGCAUCAACGGCAAGACGCUGGUCGAUGGAUACGCCAGGGAUAUGGCGAACACUUCCAGAGGCGAUGCGCCCCGUUCUAGUCCGCUCAACCCUGGACAGAUCCAGAGUUCUGCUCUCGUAGACCUCAAAGACCCGAUACAGGUGCAUCUUCUGACGGAAACGGCAUUGACGGACAGCAAAUCCUACGAGAUCCUUUCGCAGGAAGAGGUGGACGGGCUCAAGAAACAGAUUCAGACGUUGACGCAACGGAUCCAACAAGCCCGAACGAAUCUUACCAUUCAGACGAAAUACCGGGAUGCCGCGAUAUCCAUGUCCAAACUUUAUUCUACCGGCAAGCAAGAUGGAAAUAGGAGGAAGAGCUUGCUCAACCGGUACAGCGGAGGAGACUCUGCUCGCGAGGCCGAGGCGGAAAGACAGGCGAGCGAGAAGAAAUGCGAGGAGCUGGCCACCCAACUCUGGAACCUCGAGAAGAGCCUCAUGGAACCCCGACAGCGGCUGCUUCAGCACACGGCUGCCAUUCUCCAGUUGACGCACAAGGCAUCAAAGAAGGCCGCGCCACGGAACAUGGGGCCGCCUGCCAAUGGCAUGCCGGGGAGUCCUGAGAGUCUCUAUGCCUUUUCAAACGGUCGCAACAGCAUGGAGCCUGGCGACGACAUGUACUUUAACGACCAAGGCCUCUACCAGAGCCUCGAUGACGGGACCCUCGGUCGAGGCAUGGGCUCCAUUCCCAUCGAGCCACCGCUGAAGUCCGCCAACCGGGAGCAGAAUGCCCAGGCACAGGCAGAAAUCGAGCGCCUCCGAGGCGAAACCGCGCAGAGGCAAGCCGAAAAUGAACGCCUCCGAGUCGAGUACGAGCAGGCGCAAGCUGAGAUUGAUCGCCUCAGAAGCGACAACUCCCAGUUCCUCUCGGAGAAUGAACGCCUGCGCUAUGAAGUAUCCGAAGCCCAGGCUGGGAGCGAAGAGAAUGCGCAAGCACGGGGGCAGGGUGAACAGCUGCGGCAUGAAAACAACCAGCUCCGCGCUCAGACUGAUGCCCUAGCGCAAGAACUUGAUGCCUGGCGCCAGGAAGACUCCCAACGCCUUCAAUCGAUAUCGAGCACGGAGCAGAAGCUCGAAACGCUGAAUCGCUCCUUGCGGGACGUCAUCGUCAAGCUUAACCCAGCCAAGAACAGCGACUACCAGGCUCCGCCGUCAGGCGCUUCUGCCGGAUCUGAGAGGUCUCUGCAGGGUUCUUCGACCCUCGACAGUCACUUUGCCUAUCUCGAGCGAGGCCUGCGGACGGUUCAAGAAGACCAGGAAUUCCAAACGUCGCAAAGCUUAGAAGAGGCCGAAUCAGCAGCUGCUACCGCGUCUAUAGCACUGGCCCGCGCGGAAAUCAGGGUCGACAAUCUCAACUCGCAGCUUCGCGACCUGAUGCUGUCCGUCGACUCCAAGUACCCAACUCCUCCUGAUGUGACCAACUCGGAGCUCGAUGAUCAGUUUGACUACGCCGAUCGCUCGCUACAGGCCCUCGAAACACAGCUGAGCCGCGUCGAUCAACUUACCGCCAGCAGCGAAACGAGGAAGAGAGAGGGCGACCAGUCUGAAGCCGUGCUAAUGGGGCUAUGGGACAUAAUCCAGAGCGGUUUUGCAGAUAUCCAGCAGCGCAAGGAUCAGCGGCGUAAGAUGAGGGCGGAGCAGGGUCUGGAGCCCGAUGAAGAUGACGUAUCGGGAGACGAGGGCAUGGACGUCAACGAACCUUAUUCCCUGUCUGCCUUCUCAACCAAGGUCCAGUGGCUCUAUGCUCAGGCUACAAAGUUGAAGGACCAAAAGUCGGUUCUAAAGAGGCAGAUCAAACAGCAACGCGAGUUGAACAACAAGUCGGAUUCGGCCAAGGACGAAGAGCUGCGGUCGAAGCAGGACGAAAUCGAUCAGAUCAGAGCCUUGCUCGAAAGCUCGGCGCAAGAGGCGAACAAGGCCCAAACACUGCUCUCGCAGGCAUUGCAAGACGUUGAAGACGCCAACAACGCUCGCUCCGUCAAUGAUGCCAGCGCUGCUCAAUUCAGGCAACAGCUUGAGGAACGCGAUGCCAGAAUUGCGGCGCUGGAGGCGGAAAGCAGGUCUGUCCAGACAAGAAUGGCCGAUGUCAGCUCGACGGUACAGGACGCGGAAUCAAAGCUCAACCAGGCCAAGGAGAACGUAGCGCUUCUCACCACCAAGCUGGCAGAUGCCGAGCGACUCGCCGAAGAAAAGCAGCAAGAGGCUGAAGCCAAGUCAAAGGAGGCCAAGGAUCAGCAAGAGGAGAUGGACAAGAUGAACGAAAUGAUGGUCGGCCUUAAGACGGAACUCACCUUCGCUCAGGCCGAGCUAGACGGCGCUUACGGCUCUCGUAAGGAGAGGGCUGCCGCUGUCGCCGCUGUCAAGAGCACGGUCGAGGUUGAGCAGCUGAAGACGGAGGUGGAGCGUCUUAAGGAUGAGCUGGCGUCGACGCUCAAGGAGCUUGAAGGCAUCACAGCCGAGACUAUCGGCCCCGAGCUCGCGCAGGAGGAGCAAGCGAAGAGACGAAGGCUCGAAGAAGAACUCCAGAAGCUACGCAAGGCGAUCGGCCCUGGCAAGAGCCCUCUCAGCCCGAGAUAG